GCGCUACAGAGACAAUAAACAAAUAAAAUGGGAAACAGAAUAAAAGAAAGUGCAGAGAAACGCAGGGAUUGAAGGAGGGAAAUCGCUGUUAACAUACGCGUUUGCGUUUGUUUACCUUUCCAUUAUCCUUCUCAAUUUCUCAUUCCAUUACAAUUCCCAUGAAACAUUCUCAGAUCCCUCUCAGAUCCACUCCGCAAUUACAAUAAUACCCCUCCAUCCACCACCGGAUCGCCACGAUGAAGGGUUCGAGCCGUUUCUUCACGAUCGGUUUGGUCUCCGCAUGGUACUCUUCCAACAUUGGGGUGCUUCUCUUGAACAAGUAUCUUCUCAGCAACUAUGGCUUCAAGUACCCCAUUUUUCUCACCAUGUGUCACAUGACAGCGUGUUCCUUGUUCAGCUAUGUUGCCAUAGCUUGGCUCAAAAUGGUUCCCAUGCAAACGAUUCGGUCCAGGGUUCAGUUUUUCAAGAUCGCUACUCUUAGCCUUGUUUUCUGUGUAUCCGUCGUUUUUGGUAACAUUUCACUCCGUUAUCUUCCCGUGUCGUUUAACCAGGCUGUCGGCGCCACCACCCCCUUCUUCACCGCUGUUUUUGCUUACAUCAUGACGUUUAAGAGAGAGGCUUGGCUCACCUACCUCACUCUUGUUCCCGUUGUUACCGGCGUCGUCAUUGCUAGCGGGGGUGAACCGAGCUUCCAUUUAUUUGGGUUCAUAAUAUGUGUGGCAGCAACAGCUGCACGAGCCUUGAAAUCUGUGUUGCAAGGAAUUUUGCUUUCUUCUGAAGGAGAGAAGCUGAAUUCUAUGAACCUGCUUCUUUACAUGGCUCCAAUGGCUGUUGUUUUCCUUCUUCCUGCUACACUUCUAAUGGAAGAAAAUGUGGUUGGCAUUACAUUGGCUCUUGCCAGAGAUGAUGUGAAGAUCAUUUGGUAUCUGCUAUUUAAUUCAGCGCUUGCUUAUUUUGUCAACCUGACCAAUUUUUUGGUCACCAAACAUACCAGUGCUCUUACCCUUCAGGUACUUGGGAAUGCUAAAGGGGCUGUAGCAGUAGUAGUUUCAAUUCUGAUAUUUAGAAACCCAGUGUCAGUCACUGGAAUGCUAGGUUAUUCACUCACAGUCAUUGGAGUUGUACUUUAUAGUGAAGCCAAAAAGCGAAGCAAGUGAUACUGAUGUUGUAACACAUGAUUAUUGGGAAGUCAGCACUGAAUUCCCUAUAUUUUGUUUUCAUCACUGCACAGACAGCCUCAAGAUUCCAUGAGGUAAAUUUGUUAGCAUGAUCGUGAUCAGAAUCCGGAUGUUUCAGACUAUAUACAAUUUUUUGACUCUACAUGGAAAGCCUCAUUAAACGGGUUCCCCAUUGUAUUAGCUCCUGUGCAGAAAUAGCCCACAGUACAAAAUCUCAAUAAGUGACUGAUCUCUCUACUAUACCCAUAUUGGCAUGUGCGAAGAAUGUAUUUUUGUCAUUUAUUCUUUGAAGAAAGAGUUGUAGAAUUGGAUCUCCACUGAUUUGUUGUUUACAUUGCUUGCAUUUGUUUAUUGAUGGUAAAAUUCGUAAUUUUGCUCAUGGCAAAAUUUGUGUAUUACCCACCCAAAAAAAUUAUGUAGUGUAGUUUUAUUUUUUGAGAAUUUAUCUAUUCAAAACUAGAAAAUUAUACAACUACGUGUAAGAAUCAGCCAGGUAUUCCGUUUCAUUAGGCAAGUAUAUUUGGAUUGGCUUAUCUUGUGUCUAAAACAGCUUAUAAUCAUAAUUUUAGUGAGUUUCUUUUUGUUUAAAAUUUUAACCAAGUCAAAUAUGUCAUGCCUUUGUUUUAUUUUGAGCAAAGGGAAGACAAACUGGGAUGCGCCAGCAGCAUCAUACAUGGAUUACUAGAUUGGUCUACGCCGAUUCCUCCCUGCUUAGUUACAGCUCUAAUCUUUGCAACGAGAUGUUUCUUCGUUUGGAAUUUUCUGCACAUCUGAUUCAUUUCGUUUGCAAUUUUGUUUUUUAGUUUUUAUUAAAAGAUAAGUGCAAGUAUCGAAUGUUUUUGGCAAACCUAUGGAUGCUUUAUGGACUACAAAACUACCAAAAGUGAUUUUAAUAAGCAGAAUUAUAUUAUACGUAAAAGAUACUAGCUAAUUAGAGAAUUUUUCUUUGGCCUUACUUUUUCUUCUUCUGUGAAAUACCCUUUUAUCUAAAUCCAUAUACAUAACUCAUACAAUAUUCUGAAUAUAUGUAUUCUAUGUGAAGAUGCAAUCUUUUAGCCAUUUUGAUAAAUAACUUUAAAUCUCCACUAUUUUCUUUCACAAUGACUUGAAAUCUGAUUAAAAAAUUAAGCUCUUUUUUUUUCCCCUUCAAAGAAUUAUAAAAAUAAAGAAAAAAAAAUGGAAAGUUAUAUGAUACAAAGAUUGAAAAACCAAGCCUUAAAAAAUUAUAAUCUAAUUCUUUUACCAUGAUCUUGUGUUUAACUUAAUAGCAGCUGGUUCUUUGUUUGACAUCUUGAACCCCCAGUCUAACAGUCCUACUUCCAUAUCAAGUGUUUGUUAGGUUGGCAGCCAAAAUCAGUAUCAUACAACGUGACAUACGUUUCAAUGCAAAAUUUAAAAAGCACACAUUUUAAUUAUGUUCAAUGAAUCAAUAUUAAUUUUAACAAAAUUUAAAAUAUCAUCUUGUCCUGUAUUCUAAUCAACCAAUAUUUCACUAUUAAUUUUUAAUGUAAAAAAGAAACUGUUUGGUGUUAAAUUAGACACCAAAUUUCAGUGGAUUCGAAAGAAGGGGUACAUAAUGACCCCAAAAAAACGAAAGAGGGGUACAUAGAAAAAAACGAGGGGGGACAUGAACUUAACUACUUAAGAUAAAACAUCAAGCAAAUCACCUUUUUAUUGCUGAAUGUGCAUUGGAUAAACACAUCACACACUAUAUAUUGCAUACAAGUGACGCCACGCGCAUGUAAAGUAAAUAAGAAGGGAACAAAUCAUGGUUGGUAGAAUCAAAAUGAAAAACACACAAACACUUGCUCCACAGACAAAAAUACAAAGUGAUAAACAGCACCAAGAUUCAAGAUUGUGGAACAGGGGUUGCGGCACGUUUGAUUGAUGCAGACUUAAUAAGAUGAUUAUAGCUCCCCUUUUCCUUAAAAAGCUGGGAGAAAUGGUGCUUGCAAUACAAAACACCCUCAAGGGCUGCAUAAUUUGAUGGCGUUAUGGGACAGCCACCAUGUGAACACUUGAAACAUGAUUUGUGAUAGGCCUGACCUUCUACUGUUACCUACACUCAACACAUGAGAUACACUUAUACAAGAUAACAAGAAAACUUAAAUCUUCUAAUUCAUACUAACUGUGAAGACAAAUAACAAGGACUAAUUAGAAUCAUUAUUCACUCAAUCAGAGAAUUUUAUACAAAUAAAUUUGCUUGAGGUUGGGAAAGUUGAUCAUAAUGAACAGUGAACACUUACUUAUAUGAUAUAACCAGUAUUAUGUAGAAGGGGUGUUUAUGGCCCCUAAAAUGAAUAUCAUCAAAUAAUUUGUUUAUGAAAUUUCUGAAUCCUACCUUUUCCAAUGGAUAAGCAGUUUUGCCACAUGUAGCACACUUUUCUUGGGUCCCAGAAAACAUGCUAGCAGCUUUACUAGGGGACCUUGUCUAAACAAAAGAUGUCAACAAUAAGCAGAAAUAUCAAAUGCCAUAGACCCUUUUGUAAAUUGCUCAAUCACAAUGAAGUUUCAAAAAUACAAUUUUAUGAUUUUUACCAGCUCAGGAGUCGUCUUGUCGGCUUGCUUUGCAACUAUUCAAAUUGAAAUCAUCACCAAUUAUAUUGGUAACCAAUUAAAAAAUCACAAACAUUCUCUAUCUUUGAAGAAGAAGGAAUAGAAGACAUACUUGACUGGAAGUUCUUCUUGAAAGUGCCUGUCUCUUUAAAGAGCUGCUCAUAAUGAGGCUUACAGUAAAGAACACCUUCCAUGGAGGAAUAGUUGCUCAGCUGAAACAUGAAGAUGAUGAAUAACCAUGGGUCUAAACAGUGAAACUUAAAUACUCAAAAUUUAAUCCAAAAUCUGUUCAAUAUAAUAAGAACUGAUUAAUGUCAUUUCACAAACCAAGAAACCUUAUCCAAUAUCAUUAUUUUCUUGUGGGAAUCUUUAAGCAAGUAU